CCAAUCUCAAGCACGCCCCGCCUCACGAGAGAUCCGCCCCGCCUGUGGGUUGGGCUCCGAACUGCGCCGCUGGCUCCUUCUUCCUGCUCCUUCAUCCUCUGCUGGGCCCAGAGGACGCUGCAGGAGUCGGCAUCAUGACUGUAACGAGGCUAGCUCGGUUGCUUGGCUACAUCCCGGCCACCGCGUGGAGAGCGGCAAGAUCACCACUUGUGUGUUGUUCCCUGAGGAAAAUGAGUUCUCAAGGAGAAAAAUCCAAACCCAUCAAACAGUCUCAUAAGAAGCCAAAGUUACCAGAAGGUCGUUUUGAUGCACCAGAAGAUCCUAAUUUAGAGAAAGAACCACUGACAAAAUUUCCAGAUGAUAUUAAUCCCGUUACCAAAGAAAAAGGUGGACCCAGAGGCCCAGAACCUACCCGAUAUGGAGAUUGGGAACGAAAAGGACGCUGUAUUGACUUUUAAGCCAUAUAUUAUUAACUUCAGUAUCUUUUUCUGAAUAUGUACAUCUGAAUUAAUUUAUUUCUCAUUAUUUUCUCUCUGUAUAUCCUUUAAGUCAUUUAAUCUCUAUAAUGUGUUUAAAAACACAAAUAGGAGUGCCUGGGUGGCUCAGUCAGUUAAGCUUCCAACGUCGGCUCAGAUCAUGAUCUCUCAGUUUGUGGGUUUGAGCCCCGCAUCGGGCCCUGUGUUGACAGCUCGGAGCCUGCAGCUUGCAGCUUCAAAUUCUGUGUCUCCCUCUCUCUCUGCCCCUCCCCUGCUCAUACUCUGUCUCUCAAAAAUAAAUAAAAAUGUUUUAAAAACCCACAAAUAAUGCCUUGAAAGGAAAUAUGCUGCUAUAAAUUAAGAAAGGGGAAAUAUUUCCACAUUAGCACAUUAAUUUUAAUUUAAAUAUAUUGGAGUAUAUAAAAGAUGAUUAGAGCUGCAUAUUUCAUCAUAUUGCAUUUUAAGUUAAUCAGCUGCUUAUAAAGUACAAAUGUAAAUAAAACAAGUUUUAAUGAUUUUUAUUGCUAUAUGCUAGGUAAUAGUGCUUUUUGAAUGUGAGUUAAAUAACACGUUAUAGUUUUAUAAGGCCACAGUAACAACAGAAAGUCUAGCUCCAGAGACAGAUUACUUAGGUUCAAAUUUUGGCUCUGCUACUUACUAGCUGUGUGACCUGGGGUAAGUUAUUCAACUUUUCCACACCUCAGUAUCUUCAUGUGAAAUUGGAGAUAAUACUGCCCUUUUUGGGCAGUUGAGAACUUUAAAUGAGUAGGUACAUGUACUUGGAACAGUGCAUAGCACAAACCUCUCAUUAAGUGUUAGCUAUCUGUAAAUCAUAAGUGUAUUUUUCCAAGUCUCUAGGCUUUCUGGGGGGAAAUAUUUAGAAACUAAGUUUGAAAUACUUUAAUUGAAAUUGUUUUAGGGGUGCCUGGGUGGCUCAGUCGGUUGAGCGGCCGACUUCAGCUCAGGUCAUGAUCUCGCGGCCCGUGAGUUCGAGCCCCGCGUCAGGCUCUGUGCUGACAGCUCAGAGCCUGGAGCCUGUUUCAGAUUCUGUGUCUCCCUCUCUCUGACCCUCCCCCAUUCAUGCUCUGUCUCUCUCUGUCUCAAAAAUAAAUAAACGUUAAAAAAAAAAAGAAAUUGUUUUAUGAAUAUAACAUUACAAAAUCAUUAGUAAGAAAAUUAGUGAUUUUUUGCACCGAUGAACUGAGCAGAAAUAUGCACUAGUUUGUUAAAACAAAAUUUAGGUACAGAGGGCCAAUUUGUGACAAAAGCAGGGGAUAAAAUGGGCCAGCUUAGCCAGUUUUGAUGACUCAAAAGCUCUUGUCCUGUGGCCUUUGGAUAACUGGGUCAGGAAAAGUCAAGGCCAGUUUAUAGACAUGGAAUGGAAAGGAAGAAUAGAAAUUGCUGGGCUUGCCUGUGGCAACCCAUGCUGGCCUCUGGCCUUACUCUGUCACAGGGAUUGGGCCUUCAGCCCCCAGGCUACACUGAAAUUACCUAGGAAGAAGGGGUUUGCACGGCCUGUAGAAGAUAAUGCAGUGGGCUGAUGAUUGUGUGACAUGAAUUAUAAGUGUAGUAUUAUUUGAGAAGAUUGUAGGAGAUUUAUUUACAUAAAUAAACUUUUUGUAAUGUGUGUUCUCAGAAACAAA